AUGGUGAAGCACCAACCCCUGCAGGUUUACGAGAGGCAACUGUGUUUGUCAUGUCUCACAGGGAUCUAUGGGUGCCGCUGGAAACGGUACCAGCGGUCACAUGAUGACACCACCAAGGUGAGUUCUGCCUAGUAGACCUUACGUUCGUACCUAAAUGACCAUAAUGGACAUGGUGUACAGGUGUAGCUAUAUGGUUGUUCUUUCUGGAAGAUCUAUUAUAACCCAAAUGUCUGUUGGUUGACGGGAGCGAGUGUAAUCGAAUGGUACCAGACAGUCCACUUUUUUUCUUUUUUCGUGCCAGUUCACUGCAGGAUUACAGCACCACACUGCAUCUUAUAUCUCACUAUUAAUUAAAAACACUCUAAUUUGGCGUGUCUGUGAGCGUGCAGUGCAUGUGGGCAGAAUUCCUUCCUUAUGCCAUCCGUUACCCAUGACCCAUCUUUCUAAGAUGUAUUUAUAAAGAGCCAUGUAGGCCUAUCCCUUAACAGAUAACCUUGCAACCCAUCCCUUCCCUAAUAACCUGUCCUUGGGCUCUCACUGGAGGUGCCUUUGGCCUUGCAGAUCACCUGCAUGUCCUGCGACUGUGUUUAAGCCUGUAAGUGCUGCAGAUAGUAUUAGAUUUUUUAAUCAAGCAUUCAGAGCCUCCCCUUGGUCACAUUCAUCACAGCCUUUAUUUGUCUAAAUGGGUUUUCCAUAAUGCCAUGCAGCCCAGGUCUGUCUGUCAGAGAUUUAGUACCGCAUGAGAAGUAACUCAGUGAGAGUAUGAUGGCUGGAGCACUAUAGUCCAUCACCUAGCUAGCCUGGGACAUGGAGACAGAGCUGAGGGGGCUGAAACGUGUGUGAAAUAUAACGUGCCAUACAUGUUUUAUAUGGCAUAGAAAUGUGAUAUAAGGCUUGGAAGGAUCCAUACGGGGAGAGAGAAAGGGAAAACGCACCAUUCCCUCAGGGGUGUUGCAUACAAUUUGACACACUGUAACAUGCAUUGCGGUGUCAUCCUACAACUCACAUGCACCUCAAACAAAAACAUGUCCAAGUACCCUUUUCAGUCAUAAGAACGACCUCUCGUCCUGUGAGCUUUACAUGCAGGCUCUGCUGAAUGGCGGAUAGAUGAGCUAUACGUGUUGACCUUUCAUUCCUACCCUAUUUGCCCUCAGGAAGGGAAUGCUACAUCAGUUCUUUAAACCUUCCGAUAGAUAGAACACAUUCAUAUUUGACUGGACCAAGGCCACAUGAAAAGAAAAUCAGCACAGAUAGAAACAACAAAGUGAUUUUGAUUUUUUUCAUCCUUUGGUGGGAAUAGGAUACCGUGGCUCUGUUUCCUGUUGUCUCUGAGACUGGUAUAUAUGGUACUGCAGAGUCAGCUGUGUGUGUGUGUGUGUGUGCAGCCUUGGCCACCAUGUGUGGCAGGCGCGUUGACCCACUGGGGGAGAAUCGGCCAAUCAGCAGCCUGUCUGUGUACAAAAAUCAGUGACGGAAAUGCAGCUCCAACAGCUGAGGCCCUAGGGCUACAGCACCAAGGGGUCUCUGCAGAGAUGGACUGACAUCCAGGCCAACAUUGAACACAAUUAUGUCCCACAUGGCAGAACAGACACACAGUCACACACACAGCCCUGGCCUACAUUGUCACCAUUUUGUUCUCUUUCAAAUUAAUACAGUGUAACAGGAUGAGGCCCUUUAUCUACUUCCCAGAGUCUAAUGAACUCGUGGAUACCAUUUUUGUCUCUGCUUGCGGUUUCAAGGAAGUUGCUAAUUAGCGCUAGCGCGUUUGCUAACUAGCAGAUACCCAUAGACUUCCAGUCAUUGUGCUACUUAGCCUUGGCUCGUGAAACUACCUCUAACUUCCUUCAUACUGGACACAGAGUCAUAAAAAUGCUAUCCACAAGAUCAUCUGACUCUGGGAAAGUAGGUAAAUGGCCUCAUUGCCAAAAUCCCAAACUAUCCCUUUAACUAUGGCUGCCCUGUGCUGCCUUGUAUUGGAGGCCUAUAGUCAGCUCACAUUAGCAGAUCGCCUGUUAAGUGUGCCAGCACUGCCAGGUCAGAUGACGUCAUAGAUGCAUCUUUAAUAGCCAAAGUGCCCAAUCAGUGUUGCUAAUCAAAAGAUGGUAUCAGUUACAUGAUGUAAUGUUUGAACCUGACAGGCAGCGUCACUGAACCGUGACCAUGAGAAACCCAAGGUCUCGCUGAGACAUGGACUCCCUUCAUAAUGCCCAGAUUCAGAACAGAACAGAAUGUCGUCUCUCCUCUCAGAGCUGGAUAAUGAACAGGCCAGUGUGCCUGAGCCUCCAUCUCUUUGUGAACUUGGUCUCUGUGUGUUUAGAGCGGUUUGUAGAAAGGCCGCCCACGUCACUGGCACUGCAAGCUGAUCUGGCCUCAGUAAUAAUUGAGAGUUUUUUCCAUUUAGCCAGUCUUUACCUGGAGCACAAUGGGUCUAGUAAUAGGAACGAGCAUCAUUCUGUAGCCUUGGUCUGUCAAAUGACGUACAGAGACACGUGAAGCCGAAAUCCUGUUCAAAUCAGUCGCUACCAUCACUGUUUUACGUCGCAACUAAAGACUGUACUAGACUAGAAAACCAGACGGGCAACGUUCUAAUAUGGUAGGGAACAUUCAGGCAACAUCAUGCAGGAAACAUUCUCCUUGCUAGCUUUUUCCUAUCUUCGUCUCAAGUCUUCCAUUACCUCUUCUGGGAUACAGGUGCAUAUCCAGCACUCAUCCUCAGAAUACUGGCAGAGGCCAAUGGUGUUUCACUGUGUGAUGAAUCUCUUCUAUGAGAUGACUAAACCAGCAGCCGCUAGGCAAGCUGAAUGAGGGGACGAUGGUGAUAGUCUGUCAUGAUUGUUAGUAAAGCUUUAGAGUAACUAGAAAUCACAGUCCUAGUUUUCUAAUGUCUGACAUUUUAAUGAUGGAAAUGUAUUUUAAUUGUCAUUUGAUUACUAGAAAUGAAAUGUGUUUGACUCAUUUGAUUUAAGCACUAUGUUCAUUAUAAGACAUUCAGUAUUAAUACAAUUUGGUGGAGGUCAUGAGCAAUUGUCUUUGAAAACAAAUGUACUGGUAACCUUUGUGCAAAUAGCUCCUUGUCUACCCAUCUCUAUAGUUCAAUAAUCAUAUGUAUGCACCUUUCAGUCAGUCUGCACUCACUUCCAGUAGUGCUGACAUUCAAACAAGUCAUCUAUUAAUAUUGGGCGAGGAGGGGAAUAGCCUAAUCUUCCUGAAUCCUGCCUCUCUCCAAAGGGAAAUGUGUUCUGUCGGCCGGCUGUCAGUUUUAAUCCCUCUCCGGCUGUCUGUCUGUCUCUACACAGAUUCUCUGGGAGUUCGCUAGUUUCACAGCGGCAGGAGGGAACUGUUUAGACACUAUAAUUGCAGGUUCUUUUGAGGGGAAUUAUUCCAUGUAGACGUGUUAUUAAAGUCUGUACAGUCCUUACAACAACAUAAACAACAGCCAGGCCUAGCUGCAAAAAUAGCCUUGUCAUGUCCUUUCUGUGUGUGUGUAGAGCUAUGGAAUGAAAGAUUGAUAUGACACCAAUUAUAUUUGACUGGUUCUCUUUUGGUUAAUUAGGUACACUACCGGUCAAAAGUUUUAGAACACCUACUCAUUCAAAGGUUUUUCUUUAUUUUUUACUAUUUUCUACAUUGUAGAAUAAAUCAUCAAAACUAUGAAAUAACAAAUAUGGAAUCAUGUAGUAACCAAAAAAGUGUUAAACAAAUCAAAAUAUAUUUUAUAUUUGAGAAUCUUCAAAUAGCCACCGUUUGCCUUGAUAUCAGCUUUGCACACUCUUGGCAUUCUCUCAACCAGCUUCACCUGGAAUGCUUUUCCAACAGUCUUGAAGGAGUCCCCACUUAUGCUGAGCUGCUUUUCCUUCACUCUGCGGUCCGACUCAUCCCAAACCUUCUCAAUUUGGUUGAGGUCGGGUGAUUGUGGAGGCCAGGUCAUUUGAUGCAGCACUCAUCACUCCUUCUUGGUAAAAUAACCCUUACACAGCCUGGAGGUGUGUUGGGUCAUUGUCCUGUUGGAAAAACAAAUUAUAGUCCCACUAAGCCCAAACCAGAUGGGAUGGUGUAUCGCUGCAGAAUGCUGUGGUAGCCAUGCUGGUUAAGUGUGCCUUGAAUUCUAAAUAAAUCACAGACCGUGUCACCAGCAAAGCACCCCCACACCAUACACCUCCUCCUCCUCCUCCAUGCUUUACGGUGGGAACUAUACAUGCAGAGAUCAUCCGUUCACCCACACCGCGUCUCACAAAGACAUGGCGGUUGGAACCAAAAAUCUCAAAUUUGGACUCCAGACCAAAGGACACAUUUCCACCGGUCUAAUGUCCAUUGCUCGUGUUUCUUGGCCCAAGCAAGUCUCUUCUUAUUAUUGGUGUCCUUUAGUAGUGGUUUCUUUUGCAGCAAUUUGACCAUGAAGGCCUGAUUCACACAGUCUCCUCUGAACAGUUGAUGUUGAGAUGUGUCUAUUACUUGAACUCUGUGAAGUAUUUAUUUGGGCUGCAAUUUCUGAGGCUGGUAACUCUAAUGAACUUAUCCUCUGGAGCAGAGGUAACUCUGGGUCUUCCAUUCCUGUGGCGGUCCUCAUGAGAGCCAGUUUCUUCAUAGCGCUUAAUGGUUUUUGCGAGUGCACUUGAAGAAACGUUCAAAGUUUUUGAAAUGUUCCGUAUUGACUGACCUUCAUGUCUUAAAGUAAUGAUGGAUUGUCGUUUCUCUUUGCUUAUUUGAGCUGUUCUUGCCAUAAUAUGGACUUGGUCUUUUAUCAAAUAGGGCUAUCUUCUGUAUACCCCCCUACCUUGUCACAACACAACUGAUUGGCUCAAACGCAUUAAUAAGGAAAGAAAUUCCACAAAUUAACUUUUAAGAAGGCACACCUGUUAAUUGAAAUGCAUUCCAGGUGACUGCCUCAUGAAGCUGGUUGAGAGAAUGCCAAGAGUGUGCAAAGCUGUCAUCAAGGCAAAGGGUGGCUAUUUGAAGAAUCUCAAAAUAUAAAAUAUUUUGAUUUGUUUAACACUUUUUUGGUUACUACAUGAUUCCAUAUGUGUUAUUUCAUAGUUUUGAUGUCUUCACUAUUAUUCUAAAAUGUAGAAAAUAGUAAAAAUGAAGAAAAACCCUUGAAUGAGUAGGUGUUCUAAAACUUUUGAACGGUAGUGUACAUCCUCUCUCAAUUUACUUUUCACCAGCUCUUGACACUGUUAGUGUAAAGGCAUUCUAUGGGUUUGUGCUUUUUAAAAGAUAAGAUGGAUACAAACUUCUAGAGAAUGUUUGAAGCACUAUUUUUCAUUUCGUUUACCAUAAUCAUAUAGCUUUCGUUGGUCGGUGGAAGUGUAGGCUACCUUCUAGUAUGUGUUAUGUCCAAAAGGCUAACCAGAGAGAACAUACUUUCAACAGUAGUGUGUGACUCUUACUACAUUCAGUGUGAUUUAUCAGAGGCUGUAUUCUCUCCCCUGUGCUAGUGUUCAGUGAGUUCAGCCAGUACGUGAGGUUACCAAGGUCUUCAAUGUUUCCUGAACUUUUCAACUAUUCAACUGCUGUUUCAGAUCAAGAGCUGACCAAGAAGAACAGGCAAGACCAAAAUCUCUAGGGUAUCAUUGUAUCAUAUUAGUUGUAGCAAUGAGGUCAGCAGCUCCACAGAGCUGAAGAGGCCGUUCUGUUCUGUAAUAAGUGAAGCCACGGCCAGUUGGUGCACCUGACAGUUCUGUCAUAAUUGGAGAGAGGGUGGAGGAAACAGAGGCCUGGAACCCUCUAACCCUGAUCUUCUCAGGGCAAUGCUGUUGGUCUGAUAGGUGGGCCUUGGCUGGGUUGGGAAACACACUAAUGAUUUUCCACAGCAGCAGGAGUUGUGAAGGGAUUAGGGCUGUGAGGAGCUGUGGGACAUUCAGUGACAACCCCUCCAGCUGCUGGUCUGGCCCAGGACACUCAGCCAGGACACCAAGGAGACUGGGAGAGACUGGGGAAGAGCACUGCCUGAAGAAAGGGAGGGUGAUGGUGGGGAGGACACGUUCUCUCUGUGUUGUGGUUUGUGGCACUCUCGCUUCAGCUCUCUCCUCUCUCUCCUCUCUCACUCAAUUGGCCUGUGUGCACCUGCUGCAGUCCCUGGUUGCAUUCUUCAUAGUUUGGCACAUUCCAGAUAGUUAAAUGAUAAUACACUUUGGACCGUAGUGUUAAGUGGUGAAGUGUGUAUUAAUACAGGACUGGACAGAUGCACAGUUUUGAUGUACAGAAGCUAACUAGAUAAUUAUCAUAUGAGAUUGAGGAGUGUGUGAAUACUAGGAGGAAUUGGUUCUCAAGGAUAAAACACUCUCGACACAUUUCCAUGGAUAUUUACAUGGAUAUUUACAUGGAUAUUUACAAGUGUGCCUUCUGGCAUGUGGUAGCAUGUUUGCAUGAUGUAAGUCAACAGUAUGUGUGUAUGUGAUGAGUAAUGGUGGGUUCCUCCUCACACCUCUUAUAUUGUUUGCACAGAAUUGCCAUGUGAAAUAAGCGUCAUUCAAUAAACGUCAUGCAAAUUAUACAAUUUUUGUAUUUGAAUUGAAGGUUUGGAUACCAUUUAGCCCGAGGACUGUUGAUGUGUAUAAGUAAUAUUUCUGUGGAUCGACUGGGCUAAUGUAGUUUGAAUUGUCGUGCCUUACUGGAACAUCAUUAAUUCUAACUGCAGACAUAAUCCUGUAGCCAGUCCAACAAAUUGCCUUCAUUCCUAUAAUAUUGUACAAGAUUACAUGAUAUACUGUAGCACAAUAAAUGACACCAGAACAGAACAUUAUAUAUGUUUUCCAGCCGCCAGGAGUUAGUGUGGAAUCGGCUCAUUCCUCUGCUGAGCUGCAGUCAGAAGCUACUGUAGAUGGGACAGCAGUAAGGGCAGGGGAAUUCUGGAGCCUAAUAAUAUUGUCAUCAUCAUCAUGGUGUUAGUGAAUCAUUCAUUUAUUAUGUGCCCCAUCUGUCUGUCAUCCUAUUACCUUGCUGGUGCACUUGGAUCCGACGUUGACCUUUUCUGUUUUAGACACAGAGUAAAACCUGAUGAGUUUAUAGUAUAUGUGGAAGUUCUAGUCUAGCAUAACUACAUUCCAUUAUAAUUUGCCUGCCUGUGAUUUUUAAUGAGCGUCUCGUGGAAGGUCUCUCUAGCUUGCUGACCUGCAGUGAAGGUGGACUGUUCUGUGCUCCAUGCUAGGUGUGUGUGUGAUUGAUAUCUUCCAUGCAGCCGAGUGCUGGUAGGUCUAUCUUUAGUCAUAAUGCCACUAUAAUAGCCUGGACUCCUAGCAGGCAUGGGCAGCGGCAGCCUCUAUAGUGACUUUGGUACUGGGAGGUAACGAGAGGAAAUGACGCCUCGAGAAAAGCCAAUACAAUCAUAAUGCACUACACUCCUGACUGCUGGCUGUUUAGAUGGAGCUACUGGAGAAUAGUGGGGAAUACCCUGCUAGCCUUGGAGCUAGCAGGUAGGAAGGAAAUUGGAUUGCAUGCAAGCACCUUUUGUGGAGUAGUCCCAGUUCGGCACAGCACAGCAAGAUGGCCUUAAACAUACACAUAUAUUGUGUCACCAAAACUAAAGUUGUUAUACGUAAACUGAUCAGAAGAAAGCUUCUGUAAUGUAAUGAGUUGAGCUCUUUCUAACCAUCUUGAAUUAUUCAUUUAAAGAUGCACUAUGCAGAAAUCGCUCUGCAUUUCCUGGUUGCUAAAAUUCAAAUAGUUUGGCUAAUUUGACUAAACAAGCAAGUGUAGUGUAGAGAAUCAUUGUACCAUCUAAACCACUGUGAAAUAUACUUUCCAUAACCAAAAAUAUAGUAUUUUCAGCUGUUUGAAGCUGGUGUACAAAAGUAAAAGAUGCAAAAACGAAACUUAAGAACAGGAUGCAUAGAAAUAGCGCACAUAGGAACAGAUCUACCGCUUGUUAGACUUGCGUUCAAUGAGAAUGACACAUCUAUAACACACAUUUCUAGCUAUGUGAAUUUGGUUGGGUCGCCCAAAAAGUUACAUAUUGCAGCUUUAAACAAUUUUGAAUAUGGCGUUUGUUCGGCUGUACAUGCAAAUAUAUGGUAUUUAAGUGAUGACAUUUCUGCAAUCUACUCAUAUUUGGUCUUGAGAGACAAUGGAGGGUCCUCUCUGAUUUAGUGUUUACGGUUCCACAGAAGAUAAUAUCCCCUGAUCCCUUUUAUCCCUAUGUUUAGCCUCUAUGUUGGUCAAUGAGGCUUCGGCUAUGAUGUAUGCCAUCCUUUUUCAGCUGCCUGCCUGCUUAGUGCCUUUCAGCCAAGCAGCACAGCAAUUUUCAUGGCAUUUCAAAAAAAUAUUAUACUUUUUUUCUCCCCGGUAGAGGAAAGUAAUUUCCUCUCCCCGCUCCCACUAGCAAAGUACAAGGCUGAAUGAGUCGGCUCUGUUGGGCUUGAAAACGUCCCAUUCAAUACAAUCUAAAACCUUUUAUUUCCUCUCAGACCCAUUAAAUACUGUAAGUUGACUUUUUUUCCUGACCCCUCUUGACUGGUAGAUAAUGUUGACCAUUUAACCUCACUUGGACACAAAUGUCUUGUGGUAAAUAUAAUAAAAAGGUUGCAUCCCUCAUUUUCCUCAUUUUUGAAUGGAAGUUCAACAUACUGUAUGAUUCAACAGACUACUAGAUAUAUUAUAAUCAGUAAACUUUGAGUUGCUUCCUUGUUUUGACAGUAGUUAGAAAACAGUUUUUAAUGCUAUGGUGUCGGCCCUGCCCUGAAGGUGUAUGUUCCACCCUAAAUAAAGCAAGCCGUGCAGAUUGAAAAUGUGAUGUCAUCCUAAGGCAGGCAGGCCGUAUCAUGCCAGACUGCUCUGAUUUGAUCAGCUCCUAAACAGCAGCAGAGAAGAACAAUGACACAGGGUUAAUGUUCAGCCAUAUAGUGUACACGUUGCACAUACUGUACAUGACGCUGGCUUGGCUGAAUAUUAAUUGAAGGAAUAAAUGUGGCAGCCAGCCAAAUAAUGCGCCAAACACAUUUGAAAUGAUAGGUUCAUUUGAGGAUUGAAUUGCACAUUUUUUACAUGCACAUUGUAUGCAAUAUUUGCCACUCAUAACUGGCCUGGCAACUCGUUUAGCUCCCAAACAGCCAGGUUAAAGCGAUCCCAAACGUUUUGUCUCAUUCGUUGUCCAAACACUACCUACUAAUUGACCAUCCAAUCCCCUCUCUCCCAGGGGUGUCACCUCUGUAAUCCAUUUUGCCCUCAGCAGGUGAACAAUGUCCCCUCACAUGACCUCAAGGUGUCCCUCUCCCAGGUGUUUGUGGGUAGUCAUUAAAAGCCAGGGGGACAGGGCCAGAGCAGUUGGAUCAAUCAGCAGGUCUGCCAGUCAGACCCCAGCCUACACCACAGGGACCACCUCCCUACCACAGGGUUAACCCUAUGGUUACCUUGAUGUCUGGCUUUCUCACAUUGCAGUCAACAUGAGACUUGGAAGUGUAGCCAUGUGAAACUAACCCUAUGGUAACCAUUCUGGAGUCUGUAUUACUAUGAUUUCUGAAAGGGAGUGAUUUUCUUAGUACGGUCAUAGAAGGAAGUAGUAAAUGUUGUAGCUGAGAAAAUAUUGCCUAAUCUUCAUGACUAAUGUUCAAAGUUAGACGUCAAACAGUAUCAAGGUUCUGGUCUAUAUAAUAAUAAUUUUUAACAUGCAUAUUAUUUUCCCGAUUUUUAUAAUUCCUUAUCCGGAAGAGAUUGUUGACUAAAAAUAAUCGCCACAUCCAAAUCCCACAGGCUUCCUUCCCACAUACUACUAUAUUCUCAAUCCCUGCCCCAAAUCACCAAAUCUGCUCCAUCCUGUUACAUAAUAAUCCUCAUACCAUCCCAAACAUGUGCUUUAGUGUUCCCCUAGUUAAACCGCUGUUUGGUCUGUCCACAACUCCACAUAAACACAUUAGGCUCUCCUCUCCAGUGCCCAGGGAGAUGGUCAGAGUGGAGGGCAGAAGGUAUGCAAGGGGCUCAGGUUGGUAUCGGUCACCACCCAGUCAUUAGACCUGGCCCUGUCUUACAUCCUGUGCCACUGCCAGCCGAUGCCCUCCAUGGAACAGUCAUCCAAGGUGAACGUCCAGACAGCUUUGUUUGUGCUCUCAUAUCACCUUAAUAUCUCCUAUCACAGCAUGGCUAAAUACAGAGUCAACCGGGGGCUUAUUCUGGAUGGUGUAAUGUAAGAACAUUAUUGCAGAUAUAAAUGUUAUGUAUAGAGCUGGAACAAGUUUUUUUUUUGCAAAACAGACAGUCAUGUCAGUUUUAUUCAUACAUUAAUAUCUGAGCGUUCUCCAGUCCUCCGGACUCUGUGAGUAAGCCUGAUUGUGCUAAUUUGUGGACUGGUAUGCAAAUACAGUGUGAAGAGCAGCCAGUCGUGCUGUCUGUUUAAAAAGCUCACUUUUUGUGCUUUGUCAUCUAAGUCAUGUGUAUGUCCGCAUGCUAACAUUCUAUCUUGUAUCUCUUUAUUAGAGCUCUUAUUGCAGCUUGCGUUGGCAUUGGAAGGCUAAACACACCUGACCACUAGUCUGCUCAUGGCCUCAUUGGCUAUUAAGUUAAUGUGAGUAAUUACUUGAUAAUGAAGACAGUGGAUUGGGGGGAUGUGAGCUUUAUUGAGUCCCUCUGCUUUUUUACUGAGACAAUAUGGCCCUAUGACAGUUUCUGCAUGAAUGGUUACUGCUUCUACCGCCGCUGAUACCAGACAUGUGGUUCUCUCUUUUCAAUCAUAGUUGCAAAGCGGCAUGAAUGUUGUCUCUUGUCUUUGGUAAUGCAGGCAUUGUGAAUGCCUACACAAAGUGGGAGUGUGAAAUUAUUUAUGAACAGAAUUGACAUUAUUGUUUUGACUUGUUCUCCAGACCGUUCCUCGUUUGUUUGGGGUUUACCACCUUUAAUCUGAUGCAGCUAGCGAAUGGUGAUUUAAAUGUUAGCCAUGACUCCAGGUUUGAGCCAUCCGUCUGUGUGCCAGCCCGGGCUGCACCGUCAUCAGUCUCUCUACAUCCAGAUUAUAGUCAUCAGUCUCUCUACAUCCAGAUUAUAGUCAUCAGUCUCUCUACAUCCAGAUUAUAGUCAUCAGUCUCUCUACAUCCAGAUUAUAGUCAUCAGUCUCUCUACAUCCAGAUUAUAGUCAUCAGUCUCUCUACAUCCAGAUUAUAGUCAUCAGUCUCUCUACAUCCAGAUUAUAGUCAUCAGUCUCUCUACAUCCAGAUUAUAGUCAUCAGUCUCUCUACAUCCAGAUUAUAGUCUUUGGCUGGAUUAGGGCAGAUUUCCCAAUGAUGACUCUGCCGGAUUUUUAGGAGACUACUGUUGUUUGCGUUUCUGUUGUCAGUGUUGAUUGUGAUGUUGACGUAUGGGUGUAAUGUUAAGUGGUGUGCCAGUCUGGGGUGGGCAAAGGACUUUCUCAUCAGCCAUUUGCUCACUUGCAAUCAAAGAAAGCAAUACAGUGAAUGUACCGAUAGUAUUCCAAUGUUUCCUCACCUGUUUCAACACAACACUGGCCAAGGUGCUUUAUGUUAAUCUGAUGGUAUCUGACUAAUGGUACUGUGGUAAAGGUAAUAAUGGUUCCUGUGUGUGUUUGUUUCCCAGUGGGAGUUCCUGUGGUCUCUCAUCCUCUUCUUCACUUUCUCUCUGCUCCUGGUCUGGUUCUACUUCUGGUGGGAGGCACACAACGACUACAAUGAGUUCAACUGGUGAGUACUGCUGUACAGUGUGUGUGUUUGUGUGCACUAGUUAUACAACUCAUAGAUUAUUGUCUCUCAGUAUAUCGCCAUCAUCCGUCAGUGUUCUGUUCACUAAAUGCUCCUCCGACCUUCCCUUAAAUUGAUUCUCUGGCAUUUACUUAGAUUAAUGUUUUAAUUUUAAAAGCUGCCAUUUACUUUAGAUUAAUGUUUUACUUUUAAAAGCUGCCAUUUUGUCUCCAUAUGUUUUUGCCUGAACUGAAAAUGCUAACUAUGUAGAGUGUUGUUUUGGUUGGCCAAACCAAUUUUGGGAUAAUCCUCUUCCCUAAUAUGGGUGCGGAUGAAUGGGCCUUAGGGCAUCUAUCACUGCAGAUUAUAGUGAGCAUGAUUACAUAAAGCAGGAAUACCCUUUGACCCCAAAUCACCUCUCGGAUCAUUCCAUUAAUGUCUCCCCCACAGUUACCAUAAAACCAAAUAAUGCUUGGAGACAAUUCAGGUAUUGGUUCUGCCAUGAGACAAGAGACAUUGCACAUUCAAUUGAUGGAUAUGCUACCACUGAAAUUAUGAAUUGGGUUUAUUUAGUCGAGCUCUUGACCAAGUGACCAAGCUCUUGACUAAGUCCUCAAAGCCUUCUACAUUAUUUGUGCACACUAUGCCCCAGAGUUCACUAUGAUAUGAGACACUCCUACAUACCAGUAUGUGCCUCUGAGCUUUAGUCCAGACAGAUCCAUGUGUACUGUAGUUUCAUAGUGACCAGUGUUGUUUCAUUCACUCUGGGCUGUCAGAUCAUACAGACCCACUGACAGGUCAGCUUGUGUCAGACAAUCAUUCUGUCACCCAGAAAACAAAGACUAAGGUCUCAGACACACCAACAGCAUUUGCUGGCUGAGAGCACUUGGCACCUCUGAACGUAAUUUGCGGAACGAGUGCUUAACGAUUUUACAUGUAGAAUUGCGUGCAAAAUGUUGGCAGUCAGACAGACGUCUACAGCAGGUGGUCCCUAAAACGCAUUCGGUGCAGAGAGGGGGGGGGGAAUCAAUGCAAAUAGUCCAGGUAGCCAUUCGAUUAACUGUUCAGCAGUCUUAUGGCUUGGGGGUAGAAGCUGUUAAGAAGCGUUUUGGGCCUAGACUUGGCGCUCCGGUACCGCUUGCCGUGCGGUAGCAGAGAGAACAGUCUAUGACUAGAGUGGCUGGAGUCUUUUACAAUUUUUAGGGCCUUCCUCUGACACCGCCUGGUAUUGAGGUCCUGGAUGGGGGGAAGCUUGGCCUGAGUGAUGUGCUGGGCCAUACGCACUACCAUCUGUAGUGCCUUGCGGUCGGAGGCCAAGCAGUUGCCAUACCAGGCAGUGAUGCAACCAGUCAGGAUGCUCUCGAUGGUGCAGCUGUAGAACCAUUUGAGGAUCUGAGGAUCUUUUCAGUCUCCUGAGGGGGAAUAGGCGUUGUCAUGCCCUCUUCACAUCUGUCUUGGUGUGUUUGGACCAUGAAGUGGACACCAAGGAACCUGAAGCGCUCAACCUGCUCCACUACAGCCCCGUCGAUGAGAAUGGGCGCGUGCUCGGCCCUCCUUUUCUUGUAGUCCACGAUCAUCUCCUUUGUCUUGAUCACGUUGAAGGAGAGGUGGUUGUCCUGGCACCACACUGCCAGGCCUCUGACCUCCUCCCUAUAGGCUGUAUCAUCGUUGUCGGUGAUCAGGCCUACCACUGUUGUGUCGUCGGCCAACUUAAUGAUUGUGUUGGAGUCGUGCUUGGUCACGCAGUCAUGGGUGAACAGGGAGUACAGGAGGGGACUAAGCACGCACCCCUGAGGGGCCCCCGUGUUGAGGAUCAGCGUGGCAGAUGUGUUGUUGCCUACCCUUACCAUCUGGGGGGCGGCCCGUCAGGAAGUCCAGGAUCCAGUUGCAGAGGGAGGUGUUUAGUCCCAGGGUCCUUAGCUUAGUGAUGAGCUUUGAGGGCACUAUGGUGUUGAACGCUGAGCUGUAGUCAAUGAACAGCAUUCUCACGUAGGUGUUCCUUUUGGGCAGGUGGGAAAGGGCAGUGUGAAGUGCAAUAGAAAUUGCGUCAUCUGUGGAAACUGUUGGGGGCGGUAUGCCCCCGCUGCCCCCACACUCCCCUGCUGCCCCACACUCCCCCCUGCUGCCCCCCUCCCCCUGCUGCCCCACACGCCCCUGCCGACCCACCCCCCCCUGCUGCUGCCCCCACAUCCCUCCCUUCUGCUGCCCCCACACUCCCCCUGCUGCCCACCCCCCUCCCCACUGCUGCCCCCACUACUCCCCCACACACUCCCCAUGCUGCGCCCCACACGCCCCCCUGCUGACCCCACACUCCCCCCCUUCUGCACCCCACACUCCCCCCUGCUGCCCCCACACGCCCCCCUGCUGACCCCACACUCCCCCCUGCUGCCCCCACACUCCCCCCUGCUGCCCCCACACUCCCCCCUGCUGACCCCACACUUCCCCCUGCUGGCUCUGCAGCUGUGGCAGCCCAGGCCGUCCAAGACCCCCUGUCACACCGUUCGGCCUGACAGCCAGCCCAACCAUUUGUGUGUGUGUGUGUGUGUGUGUGUGUGUCCCCGUGUGUGUGUGUGUCCAUGGUUGUGCGUCCCUCUGAGUGUGUGUGCCGCAGGAUGUCUUUGUUCCUCCCCUUCCUCUCCUGUGUGUGGAGACACAGCCUUAAAGAGACAACGUCCUUUUAGAACAAGGCAUCAAUAAUUUGCCAAUUUAACAUAAUAAUUACAUAAUCUCCUUGUGCACCAAUUCUCAUUACAGAGAAGAAGCGACUGCAGCCAUAUACUCUGCGCAGCUUCCUCUGUUGUGUUUCUGUCUGUUUGCUUUCUUUUAUGGGGAUAAUAAAGGCCUAGGAUCCUGGACAAGGACACUAGAACACAUUAUGCCUGCCCUGGGAGUUCAGGCCUUCCGGUUUAAGCAUCGGUGUCGGCUGUUUAGAUCAUUUAUAGUCAGCCUGUUAAUUUCCCACAGUGUUACAAAGAGACCCCUGGGGCCAGGACCUAUGAAUUAGGCACAGAUCUAGGAUCAGCUUAACCCCUCCCCCCCCCCCCGAAUCCAAACCUUAACAUUUUUACAUUUACAUUUUAGUCAUUUAGCAGACGCUCUUAUCCAGAGCGACUUACAGUUAGUGAUUACAUAUUUUUUUUUAUACUGGCCCCCCGUGGGAAGCGAACCCACAACCCUGGCGUUGCAAACGCCAUGCUCUAUCAACUGAGCUACAUCCCUGCCGGCCAUUCCCUCCCCUACCCUAGACGACGCUGGGCCAAUUGUGCGCCGCCCAUGAGUCUCCCGGUCGCGGCCGGCUGCGACAGAGCCUGGAUUCGAACCAGGAUCUCUAGUGGCACAGUUAGCACUGCGAUGCAGUGCCUUAGACCACUGCGCCACUCAGGAGCUCAAGAUCACUUAAGGGGGGCGUGUGGGGGCAGCAGGGGGGAGUGUGGGGGCAGCAGGGGGGAGUGUGGGGGCAGCAGGGGGCAUACCGCCCCAACAGUUCCACAGAUGACGCAAUUUCUAUUGCACUUCACACUGCCCUUUCCCACCUGCCCAAAAGGAACACCUACGUGAGAAUGCUGUUCAUUGACUACAGCUCAGCGUUCAACACCAUAGUGCCCUCAAAGCUCAUCACUUAACUACAAGAGGAAUCACAAAACUGACCUUAGAUCCUCCUGGUUGGUCACUCUGCUGGUUUCUACUUUCUAUCCUCUAUCUCUCAGAGACCAGAGCAGCACUAACUGCAGCCUGCCCUGAUAUCCAUGAGACGCUACUAUUGUGUAACUGACUUCUGUUUUGGUCCGUUUUACAGGUUUUUAUAUAACCGCUCUGGGGAGUGGAGCGAUGGGACCGUUCCAAUCCUGGCCACUACCGCUGCCGGCUUCACUUAUAUUGCAUUUUUAAUGGUGAGUUGGCAUCUCAUCAGACAUUCACUGUGAGAUGAUAUUGAUACUGUGUCUAGCCCUGGUAACAACCAGGGAAUGUUAGGGGUGUAACCUGGCAGAGCAGAAACGUGUUGCCAUGCAUGUCUGGGCCAAGUCCACACGUGAAUGUUAUGAUGGCACAGGCAGCUUGUUGACCUGUUUUGAAAACAGUGGUUGUGGAUAUCCACGUGAUGUGAUUUAUUUAUGUGUGUCUAUUCUUUCAGAUUUUAGCACUUUGCCACAUAGCAGUGGGACAACAGCUAAACUUGCACUGGCUGCACAAGGUAAUGCUCAAGUGUGCGAUUUUUGGUGUAUGUACAGUGCAUUCGUAAAGUAUUCAGACCCAUUGACUUUUUCCACGUUUUGUUACGUUACAGCCUUAUUCUAAAAUGAAUUAAAUUGUUUUAUUUGAUGCUACAAGCUUGGCACACCUGUAUUUGGGGAGUUUCUCCCAUUCUUCUCUGGAGAUCCUCUCAAGCUCUGUCAGGUUGGAUGGAGAGCGUCGCUGCACCGCUAUUUUCAGGUCUCUCCAGAGAUGUUCGUUCGGGUUCAAGUCCGGGCACUGGCCACUCACAUUCAGAGACUUGUCCCGAAGCCACUCCUGCGUUGUCUUGGCUGUGUGCUUAGGGUCGUUGUCCUGUUGGAAGUUGAACCUUUUCAUCAAGGAUCUCUCCGUACUUUGCUUCGUUCAUCUUUGUCUCGAUCCUGACUAGUCUCCCAGUCCCUGCUGCUGAAAAACAUCCCCACAGCAUGAUGCUGCCACCACAAUGCUUCACCGUAGGGAUGGUGCCAGGUUUCCUCCAGACGUGACGCUUGACAUCCAGGCCAAAGAGUUCAAUCUUGGUUUCAUCAGACCAGAGAAUCUUGUUUCUCAUGGUCAGAGAGUCCUUUAGGUGCCUUUUGGCAAACUCCAAGGGGGCUGUCAUGUGCCUUUUAUAGAGGAGUGGCUUCCGUCUGGCCACUCUACAAUAAAGGCCUGAUUGGUGGAGUGCUGCAGAGAUGGUUGUCCUUCUGGAAGGUUCUCCCAUCUCCACAGAGGAACUCUGGAGCUCUGUCAGAGUCACCUCCCUGACCAAGGUCCUUCUUCCCCGAUUGCUAAGUUUGGCCGGGCGGCAAUCCGGUCUCGGAGCUCUACGGACAAUUCCUUCGACCUCAUGGCUUGACAUGCACUGUCAACUGUGGGACCUUAUAUAGACAGGUGUGUGCCUUUCCAAAUCAUGUCCAAUCAAUUGAAUUUACCACAGGUGGACUCCAAUCAAGUUGUAGAAACAUCUCAAGGUUGAUCAAUGGAAACAGGAUGCACCUGAGCUCAAUUUCGAGUCUCAUAGCAAAGGGUCUGAAUACUUAUGUAAAUAAGGUUUUUCUGUUUUUCUUUUUUAUACAUUUGCAAAAUUGUCUAAAAACCUGUUCGCUUUGUCAUUAUGGGGUAUUGUGUGUGUGGAUUGAUGAGGAAAAUUUUUUAUUUAAUCAAUUUUAGAAUAAGGCUGUAACGUAAACAAAGUCGAAAAAGGGAAGGGGUCUGAAUACUUUCCAAAUGCACUGUACGUGAGUGUUUGACUAAUUGCACGUGUGUGUGUAUAUGGCCUGUAUACUGUGUGUGUGUGUGUGUGUGUGUGUGUGUGUGUCUUCAAGUGGCCAACUGAAAUCUGUGAAAGCAGUGACAUCAUGCCCCAGGAUGCUGUUAUCUGGCCAAACACACUAUAGAGGGUUGGAAUGUGUGUGUGCGUGCGAUGGUCUGAAACACUCUCUGUUUGCCCCCAUAGAUAGGAGUGAGUACUGCCUUGCUGACCACUGCCAUCGGAUUCAUAUCUGUCAAUCAAACAUGGGGAGAAGAGUGGGCAGUCAUCCCUAUAUCACUCCAGGUCAGUUCAACAACCCGUCCCCCUUUGGUGGCUGUGCAUCAUACUGUAUUAUACAGGACACCUUCCUGAUAUGUGGUUAUAUACUUGAAAAAUCACAUGUUAACAACUGUAUUGAACUACAUACAAUGGCAACAUUCAAUAUAGAAAUGUGUCUAACAGAUGUGUUAUUAAGACUGAGUCAAUGGGUUAAUUGGUUUAUUUUAUUGAAUUCUUUAUGGUUUUAGUAAUCAUGCUGUAGCCUACCAUAACCACUGAAUUAUUUUUUUGAUAACUGUGAAUGACUGUAGUAAUGCCACACCUUUAACACUCAAUGAUGUCAUUAAUAGAAUGGGUCUCCUCUGGUCCCCUGUCCAGGCCACAGGUCCCUUCCUACACCUAGGAGCUCUGGUGGCUGUCACCGCUCUGGCCUGGCUGGUGGCUGGGCAGGUCGCCCGCACAGAGAAAACAAGUAAGCCGCCCGACCAGACCCCGACUGUGUUACUGACCAUGGUAGUUCUGCGCGGUAUACUGAAACUUCUGUACUAGAAUUUUUGUUAAUUUCGGUACUUCUGUCAAAUGUGUCUCACGUCAUAUAUGGGUUGAGAGGAUCGAGUCUGUUUAGUAAUUUGUCUGAAUCUUCUCAAGGGGGCAGUAGUAAGCUAGCCAGGUUACUUGCGCUUGCGCAUGCAGCUGACACAGAACGAGCCACUUUUAAGAAGCAAGCGAAAGAGAAAAUCCAGACCGCAUGGCUUCUUCAAAAGAAAACAUCAUACCUCCACGUCCGCAGCUUGUUGACAAAACUGGCUCCAGAAGCGAACUGUGGGAAUAUUUUGCUUGCAGAGCAGAUUAGGGCCAGCCCACCAAAACAACUAAGCAAAAGGUGUUACAAAGCAAUGCAGUGCAAGGGAGGUUUAGUUCCAAAACGACAUAAAAAAAUUAAAUAUAUAACUAUUUUACACACGACAUUUGCAUUGUAACGUUGUCGUUAUUCUACUAAAUUUGAAUUAUUUUUGAGUGACAAUGACGCAAACAUAUUGUAGUGACCCUGGUUUAUAAGAACGGAUAUCGACUCUGCUACUCGAGCAUGCUUUUGUGGCACAGUCGAUGGCGCACUGGGCUUCGGGCCAUAAGGUUGAGGGUUCGAACUGUGCUCCCUGCCUGUUUCAUUACAAUAUAUUCAGCAUGACAUUCAUGUGAGUAUUACAAUAUGAUUACACAACCCAAAAGUAAGGUGAAAUGCACUUAUAACUUGACAGCAAUAUAUUUAGACAACUUCACGUUUGUCUGGGCUUGCUAGCAGUAGCCACUAGCCAGCCAGCAGCCCUGGGUGGAGCAUUGCACCAAGGGAAGUGAAAUGCACUCUGGGAAUCGUAGUAUACUGUGUAAAUUCCAUUGUACUUCUAUGGCGUGUAGACUAUUGCAAUAUAGAAGCUUUAGAAAUUAGCUUCAACGUGUUUUUUAUGUCGUUUUGGAACUGAACUAUUCAUUUAAUACAUUACAUUAUUUAGCUGUAAUGAAUUAUAGGUCUAAUGAAUGUCAUUUGACCCAAUAUUAUGGCCAUAGAUUAGCAAAUUUACCCUUUUGUCUGCUCUGAGUCUCCGAUAUGGUUUUGCAUAAGGAAAGUUGAAGAUAUUCUUCUGUUAUUUAAUAUGGUGUUUUAUUUUUUGCUAGAAAUUGAAUAUAGAAUAGAAGAUAUUCUAUUUGUUAUUUUAGUUGUUCUACCAGUUAUCAACAUAUUGUUCAAUGUUAAAAAAUAUAUAUAACCCCAGUGGUUAUUCUGUGACUUUAGCUACAGUAAUACACUUUCCUUUUUUUUGCCGUGGCAAUGUUUCGGUAUAGAGUAUCCUUUUUGUAUUGAGUUUCGGUAUCGAGUAUUAUGAUACAAACGUGGUAUCGGUACUGAAAUUUUAAAAAUCUGGUAUCGUGACAACACUAGACCAUGUUACCGACUGUUCACCUCACUGAAGAAAGCUCAGCUACUACUGCCAGAUGACUUAAAGGAAAACUCCACCAAAAAACAAUAUUUGGGUAUUUGUUUCAAUACCUUUCAAAAUACAGAAAUCAUCCCUGUAUGAUGCAUUUUGCAUCAUAUGAUGCUGCGUCAUACAGGGAUGAUUUCUGUAUUUUGAAAGUUACAUAUCUUGAAAACUUGAUUGCUGACAAGCAAAACAUUUUGGGACUAUGUCAACAAUGGACUAAUGAAAGAAAUACCAAAAGAUAGAUUUUGGGUGGAGUUUUCCUUUCACAGCCUCACAGAGCUUUAUGCGUUAAAUGAUUAACACCAUGUACACAAAGGGCAAGCCCCCUCCAGGCCCCCGUCAGGUUGGCAGGGAGACUAGGCAUUCCUCUGGCCUCACGUGACACCACCAGUCUACAGGACAUUAUUAGGCCCCUGAGGUCUGUUAACACGGCCAGUUAGACAUCAAGUACUGGGGUAUUUUUGCCUUCCUUAAAUCUGUCAGAGAGACUAGUACAGGGAGGCAGAGUAGUGUUUCUGACGUGCUUUGGGAUCUAGAUUAAAUACUGAAUCGUCAGUGCUGUUGUUUAACUUUCAUGAAUAUUCAGUUGUACUUUAUAGACACUCCAAUUCCAUUUUUUCUACUUUGCAUUUGGGUAGAACAGUGGAUUUUUGUGCAAGGACACAAAGCCCCAGCAGUCUGUUUACUCUCACAGUAACUCUUGCCAAAGAGUUGCAUUAUUAAUGUGUGCUGUAAUAUUGCUACAAUAUAAAAACCCUAUCAUUUAUUUAUUAUUCAUUUUACCAGGCUAUUCUUAUUUAAAUACAGUAUACAGUGCAUUUGGAAAGUAUUCAGACCCCUUGACUUUUUGCACAUUUUGUUACAUUACAGCCUUAUUCUAAAAUUGAUUACAUUAGUUUUUUUCCUCAUCAAUCUACACACAAUACCCCAUAAUGACAAAGUAAAAACAGGUUUUUAGAAAUUUUAGCAAAUGUAUUAAAAUAUAAAAAACAGGAGUACCUUAUUACACAAGUAUUCAGACCCUUUUCUAUGAGACUCGAAAUUGAACUCGGGUGCAUCCUGUUUCCAUUGAUCAUCCUUGAGAUGUUUCUACAACUUGAUUGUAGUCCACCUGUGGUAGAUUCAAUUGACUGGACAUGAUUUGGAAAGGCACACACCUGUCUAUAUAAAGUCCCACAGUUUACAGUGCAUAUCAGAGCAAAAACCAAGCCGUGAGGUCGAAGGAAUUGUCCGUAGAGCUCCGAGACAGGAUUGUGUCAAGGCACAGAUCUGGGGAAGGGUACCAAAACAUUUCUGCAGCAUUGAAGGUCUCCAAGAACACAGUGACCUCCAUCAUUCUUAAAUGAAGAAGUUUGAAUCCACCAAGACUCUUCCUGGAGCUGGCCGCCCAGCCAAACUGAGCAAUCGGGGGAGAAGGUCCUUGGUCAGGGAGGUGACCAAGAACCUGAUGGUCACUCUGACAGAGUUCCUCUGUGGAGAUGGGAGAAGGACAACCAUCUCUGCAGCACUCCACCAAUCAGGCCUUUAUGGUAGAGUGGCCAGACGGAAGCCACUCCUCAGUAAAAGGCACAUGACAGCCCGCUUGGAGUUUGCCAAAAGGCACCUAAAGGACUCUCAGACCAUGAGAAACAAGAUGGUCUGAUGAAACCAAGAUUGAACAGAUUUGGCCUGAAUGCCAUGCGGCACGUCUGGAGGAAACCUGGCACCAUCCCUAUGGUGAAGCAUGGUGGUGGCAGCAUCAUGCUGUGGGGAUGUUUUUCAGUGGCAGGGACUGGGAGACUAGUCAGGAUCGAGGGAAAGAUGAACAGAGCAAAGUACAGAGAGAUCCUUGAUGAAAACCUGCUCCAGAGCGCUCAGGACCUCAGACUGGGGCGAAGGUUCACCUUCCAACAGGACAACGACCCUAAGCACACCGUCAAGACAACACAGGAGUGGCUUCGGGACAAGUCUCUGAAUGUCCUUAAGGAUCCCAGCCAGAGCCCGGACUUGAUCCUGAUCGAACAUCUCUGGAGAGACCUGAAAAUAGCUGUGCAGCAACGCUCCCCAUCCAACCUGACAGAGCUUGAGAGGAUCUGCAGAGAAGAAUGGAAGAAACUCCCCAAAUACAGGUGUACCAAGCUUGUAUUGUCAUACCCAAGAAGUCUCGAGGCUGUAAUCGCUGCCAAAGGUGCUUCAACAAAGUACAGAGUAAAGGGUCUGAAUACUUAUGUAAAUGUGAUAUUUCAGUUUUGUUUAUUUAAUACAUUUCCCAAAAUUUCUAAAAACCUGUUUUUGCUUUGUCAUUAUGGGGUAUUGUGCGUAGAUUGAUGAGAAAAAAUAUAUAUUUAAUCAAUUUUAGAAUAAGGCUGUAACAUAACAAAAUGUGGAAAAAGUCAAAAGGUCUGAAUUCUUUCCGAAUGCACUGUAUGUCUCUUUAACAAAUAAAAUCUAUUUCAGUGUAGCAGACAUUAGCCUGUGGUCUAGCGGUGGCUUACAGAGGUCAAUAGGUCCUAGACGUGAGGUUAGCUGUGUAGCUAGCUGGCGGACCUCUGUGUGAAUGCCAGAGAGGUUCUGAGGGCAGAGGGUGAAGGCUUUCAGCCUUGUGUCUGUAACGAGAGUUCUUCUGACGCAGUCGAUCUGGCCUAAGCACUGACCUUGAAAUGAAUCCGACCUCCUGUGUCAGUGAUGUACUCUAGCUACAUUCAUCAUCACUUACCUGCAGUACAGCACACAGAGAUGGAACAGGAGAAAGUGUGGCUAGAGGCUGGCUGGCUUUGACAUCGUAUAUAUCUCAACCCAAACUGGCCACGUAAAAUGUUUAGAAACAUUUAGUGAAUGGUCUUCUUGCCCAUAGAGAAGCUACAUUCAGAUGUGCUAUUUAUUUCUGUCCUUGACCAUCUCAGUACAAUAGACAUCCGUGACAAGAGCAAAAAAGUCCAUUUGGCCAUAGCUAUUCUAUAUACUUAGGUAUUUUAUUCAUUCUAUGUUGUGUUCUACCCCCUCCCCAGGGUUUCUGUGCAUUCUACAUCCAUGUUGUUCUACCCCCUCACCAGGGUUUCUAUUAAUUCUACAUCCAUAUUGUGUUCUACCCCCUCCCCAGGGUUUCUAUUCAUUCUAUAUCUAUGUUGUGUUCUACCCCUCCCCAGGGUUUCUGUUCAUUCUACAUCCAUGUUGUUCUACCCCCACCCCAGGGUUUCUAUUCAUUCUAUAUAUAUGUUCUACCCCCACCCCAGGGUUUCUAUUCAUUCUAUAUCUAUGUUCUACCCCCUCCCCAGGGUUUCUGUUCAUUCUAUAUCUAUGUUGUGUUCUAUCCCCUCCCCAGGGUUUCUGUUCAUUCUACAUCCAUGUUGUGUUCUACCCCCUGCCCAGGGUUCCAGGUGGUGGUUCUCCUGCUCUACCUGAGUGUUCUACUAGGCCUCUACAUGGCCCCCCUCUCCAUCACCUCCCCCUGCAUCAUGGACCACGCCAACCUCACACCACGCCCUGACGUCAUUGGCCACCAGGGCGCCCCCAUGGUGAGUCAGCUGAACCAGCUGCCCAAUCAGAGGACUUGUAGGGGGAGGCACCUCCUACGCUAUGCUUAUAGAGGAUACAAUAACAGACCCAUAGAGAUGUAACCUUCAUAGAGGGCACUAGAGAAACCAUGCUGGCCAACAGUUUAUCUUCAUAUUUCCACCCACUCACUUCCUUCAUACCACCUAGGGCUAUUCUAGUGUAUUAAUGACAUGUAACCAACCCUACCAGUCAAAGUCUGGACAGGUUUUUCUUUAUUUUUUACUAUUUGUUACAUUAUAGAAUAAUAGUGAAUACAUCAAAACUAUAAAAUAACACAUAUGGAAUCAUGUGGUAACCAAAAAAUGUUAAACAAAUCAAAAUAUAUUUUAUAUUUGAGAUUCUUCAAAUAGCCACCAUUUGCCUUGAUGACAGCUUUGCACACUCAAGUAAAACAAUGUGGAGGAAUUAACAGUCUUAAAGACCUGAGAACUCCCCCAGGACAUGCCACAUGUCCCACUCUGUUUCCCAGCAGCACUUUACAUUGAUUUUCCCAGGCCUCCAGUCCAGUCCCCUCACAGUUUUACAGACAGUUUGACCUACAGUAUCACUGACCGUUAUCAGUUUGACCCAUGUGGCCUGGUGUCGUGUAUUGCACCAGUUAGUAUAUGUUCAAUAGUCUGUUGUUUAUCAAGCAUGUGAGCUCAUAACCCAUGACUUUUAACUGGAAUCCAUUCUCCAAGUUUCCUCAUACCCAUUUAAAGGGAAAUUUAAAAAAAUGUAAACUUCAUAUUCAUCAUCCAGCAGCACCCCAACAACAUACUAUCUGAAAAUGGUGCAUUUCAAAGGAGUAUUAGACUUCUGAAACCUAUAUGAAACUGUGAACUCUCAGAUUGCAGUAAGGUAUAUGAACCUCUCUGACCUCCAUGAAACAUCAAUAUGAUGUAUGUCUAGACGGUGUACUGAUGAUGUUCCUCUCCGUCCAUCUGUCUGUCUGUAGCUGGCCCCAGAGAACACCAUCCUGUCCUUCCAGAGGGCUCUGCAGAUGAACGUCAGUGGGCUGGAGGCUGACGUGGCCAUCAGGUACACACUUACACACCGAAAAAGACUCACAAUGAAGCCAAACUAGAUCAAUAGGGAGCUGCAGCGAGAGACCGCAAGAAGUCAAGUAUGUUGUGGUUGAUGGAGGAGUCCAGCCAAGCACAGGUCAUCCAAUGUCAUGCUGCUGGUCUGGGCCUCCUGUCCAGGGUUCGGGCCCUUAUUAGCAGCAGUAGUAGUAGUGGUGGUGGUGGCAGCGGUGUUGGUGGUGGUGGUGGUGGCAGUAGUAGCAGUUUUAGUAGUAGUAGCAGCGUUAGUAGUAGUAGCUGCGCUAGUAGUAGUAGUAGUAGUAGUAGUAGUAGUAGUAGCAGCGCUAGUAGUAGUAGCAGCGCUAGUAGUAGUAGCAGCGCUAGUAGUAGUAGCAGUUUUAGUAGCAGCAGUAGUAGUAGCAGUUUUAGCAUUUUAGCAGCGGUAGUAUAGCAGCAGUUUUAGCAGUAGUAGUAGCAGCAGUUUUUUAGUAGUAGUAGCAGCAGUUUUAGCAGUAGUAGUAGUAGCAGCAGUUUUAGUAGUAGUAGCAGUAGUAGUAGCAGUUUUAGCAUUUUAGCAGCGGUAGUAUAGCAGCAGUUUUAGCAGUAGUAGUAGCAGCAGUUUUAGUAGUAGUAGUAGCAGUUUUAGUAGUAGUAGCAGCAGUUUUAGCAGUAGUAGUAGCAGUAGCAGCAGUUUUAGUAGUAGUAGAAGUUUUAGUAGUAGUAGCAGAGGUUUUAGCAGCAGCAGCCAGGACAGCACUUUCAUAGACCCAUUGCUGAUGACAAGAUGAGCUAGAAGAGCAAAUCCAAUAGAGAGGAGGUGUUUGUGAAUGAGUUGGAUGCAGUGUGCGUGUGUGUGCAUGCGCGCAUAGAUGUAUGCAUACAGGUACAUGUGUGCUGUGUCUGUCGGUGUGCUUUUCAUUUUGUGCCAUGUUUAUGAAUGUGUGAUUGUAUCUGUAUGGAGCCACGUGUGUUUCUGUCUGUAUGUGCCUUUGUGUUCAUGAAAGCUCAUUUAGCGUGUGUUUACACUCCUCCACUCUCUCUGGUCCCUGUGCGGCCCUAAAUAAGAUGAAUGGGAGGGGGAGACGUGUGUGCUGAUGACAGGUGGGCUGGGCUCUGGGCUGCACUGAGCUCAUGGUGGAGCUGACUAAUGAAACCUAAACGGGCCUGGGCCAGGCUCUAUACAUCCGCCUGACCAGAGACACAGCAGAGCUAUGCACGCGUGUACACACACACACACACACAGACUCGCACACGCACAAAUAUUUGCGCACACACACACACACAUCCGAAAGGACAGAGGUCAUUCAGGCACUAAUUGAACAUUUCAGUGACACUAAAUGGUCACUAGAAACGAUGAGGUAUGAUAGACAUAAGCUACAUUAUGUUUUUGGUCCGAUUUAGUUGCUUGCUUGGGAUGGAAUCUUACGAAACUGUUGCGAUUCUAGUUUUGAAUUUGACGAACAAUUCCAAGUGAAGGUAAUGUGUUGUUGUUUUCCAUGUCGUACAACCUGAGGUUAACUGAAAAGGUGGGGAAAUGAUUUGGCAUUCAAAGUGAAGGUGAAGCAAGUAACAUGAAAGUAGCUUUCAUGUAAAGUGACUUUUGCCUCAAACAACUCUAGUCUGUUCCUGUCAUGAUUGAAGUGUUUUGGGGAUUCCCUAGAGAGCAUUCAGUAUUUAUGUUGUAAGAAUUUCCACUUAGAACCACAAAAUAUCAGGGGAUAUAAAAAUCUGUGAGAUUCUGAGAAAUAAGAUGAUCAUAUGAUGUUGAAAAAAACUGUACGGCACUGAAUAUACUAUUGUAUUAGUAGACCUGACUGUUUAACUCUUUCCUGUCCUAGCCUUGACGGGAUACCAUUUCUGAUGCGAGACCGCACCUUGAGGAGGACUACAGAUGUGGGGAAGGUGUUUCCAUCCAGACAGCUGGAUGAUGCCUCCUCCUUCAACUGGACAGACUUACACAGCCUCAACGCCGGCCAGUGGUUCCUCAAGGUACCACAAUAUUACUCACAACCCCGCUAGGGAGGAAUGGCUCUGUCACACCCCCGCUAGGGAGGAAUGGUUCUGUCACACCCCCGCUAGGGAGGAAUGGUACUGUCUGUCACACCCCCGCUAGGGAGGAAUGGUACUGUCUGUCACACCCCCCGCUAGGGAGGAAUGGUACUGUCUGUCACACCCCCCUCUAGGGAGGAAUGGUAUACUCUUAUGCCAUCUUUCUCUCUCUGAAGGUUUCUAAUGAAAUGUAUUCAUGCAGUAAAUGUGCUGUAUCUUUGUAGGACCUCACACCACCCUUUCUUUCACUAGGCCUAUAUUUCUCCUCCAUGCUUUGGGUCCAUUUCAUUGCCACUCGGCUGAUAGGAAAUCUCAUUAAUGAAGUGGAGAAAGUGCCCAAUUUUAUCAAUCAAGAUUACUUCCCUGGAUUGAGUUCAAAUAGAAUUGACCUAAACCCUGAUCUCAUCUCUCAUCAUAAAGUGGUGUAUUAUUACGAUUGCCAUAUAAACGUAGAAAUACACUAAAUUGAUCAGAUUGACUGUGAGUACCUGUGUGCGUUCUCCUAUAGGACGACCCCUUCUGGACGGUCCAGUCCAUGGCUCAUAGGGAGGUGAUGCUGGUGGGGAACCAGAGUGUGUGUAGUCUGGAGCAGCUGCUGAGGCUAGCCACCCCACAUAACCACACAGUGGUGUUCAACCUUCGCCGACCUCCGCACGGACACCCCUGCUACCACAGCUGGAUCAACGAUACCCUGGAGGUCAUACGCCUGUCUGGGAUUCCACAGCACCUGGUGAGACAGGCAUCACACACUGUUGGGGUAUAGAAUGAGGAAGACAACACUAGUGUACCCGGCUGAGAUAGUGGUCCUUUGAUGGAUUGUAAGUCGCUUUGGAUAAAAGCGUCUGCUAAAUGGCAUAUCAUAUUAUUAUAUUAGAUAGUGGACAGAACCUUGUUAGGACUCAGACACUGUCCCCUUGGGUUAUCUAGGGAAAUCAAGAGGAGGAAAACACUGCUCAUAGUGGAGAGAGGGAACUGACUACUGUCAGCUUGAGGCUGACCUGAAGAUUGCCUGUGACAUCCAUCAAUGUCACCAAUGUAAUAAUCAUUACUCUGUCAUCACUGAUGUCACUAACUGCACAUCUACAUCCAUGUCCCAUAAGUAAUCUGAGCUGUGUGUGUGUGCAGGUGAUGUGGACCCCAGACUGGGACAGGGGGCAGGUAAGACAGGUGGCUCCAGGGCUUCAGCAGACAUCAGUAGAGAAGCUGCCUCCUCAGGUCCUUCACCAGCAGGGAAUCAGCAGACUGCUGCUACGUUACAGCCAGGCCAGUCCCUAUGACAUCCGGUGGGUUAACACACACACACAUACAUACAUACACUGUGUGUGCUUCUUCUGUAUAUGUGUGUCUGAAAUAUGAAUGUGUCUGUCUUCACCCCCCAGAGAGUUCUCCAGGAGCAACGUGAGUGUGACUCUGUACACGGUCAACGAGCCCUGGCUGUUCUCUGUGCUCUGGUGCAGCGGCGUCUCCUCUGUCUCCUCUGAAGCCCCCAACAUCCUCAAAAAGGUGCCUUACCCCAUCUGGCUCAUGGUAAGUCCCUCACAGCACCCCCCUACUACCCACACCAUUACCCCCACAGCACCCCCCACAGCACCCACACCAUUACCCCCACAGCACUUCCUAGAACCCACACCAUUACACCCACAGCACCCACACCAUUACCCCCACAGCACCCCCCUAGCAACCACACCAUUACCCCUACUACCCACACCAUUACCCCCACAGUACCCCCCUACUACCCACAAUAUUACCCCCACAGUACCCACAACAUUACCCCACAGCACCCACACCCACACCAUUACCCCCCUCUAGUACCCACACCAUUACACCCCUAGCACCCACACUGCCCCAGGCCCUCCUGGCACCCCUCUCUGGGUUAGCAGACUCCCAGCAGGGAACACUAUGGGUGGUGCAGACUAGAAUAUAGAGCCCAUCCUGGGUGAGGUUCACAUGGAGUUCAAGCUAGCACUGCAUCUCUGUUACCCACCCUGUCUGUCUGUUAGCUAGUCAAUAUGGCCACUACUACACUGGUAGUAUGGGAUCUAGGUCUAUGUGGAACUUCAUUAAAUUGUCCUUUCACUCCUAGUUACAUUAUUCUGACUAGAGUAUUAUUUUGUUAUUGUCCAUCUCUAACUUGGAGCACCUUUUGAAUAUCUAGUCCAUUAUGCAUUACACAUUACUUACUGUACCACAAUAUUAUAUUAAUUUCAAUGUUACAUAAUUUUAGGAAGGCAUGCUUUGUUCUAGGUUUGUUGCUACCUGCCGUUGUUUUAGGAGACAGUGCCACCUGGUGGUCUAAUGCUGCCAUGUGUUUCAGAGUCCAGAUGAAUACUGUCUGAUCUGGGUCGCCGCUGAUCUCAUCUCCUUCACUGUAGUAAUAGGUAUCUUUGUAUUCCAAAAGUAAGUACUCCUUUUUUUAAAUAUAUAUAUAUAUAUAUAUAUAUAUAUAUAAUUUUUUGGUACUUCUUACCCAAUUUUGUGAUAUCCACUUGGUAGUUAGUCUUGUCCCAUCACUGCAACUUCUGUAUGGAAGCGAAGGUCGAGAGCCAUGCGUUCUCCGAAUCACAACCCCGGCAAGACGCACUGCUUCUUGACGCACUGCUUCUUGACACACUGCUUCUUGACACACUGCUUCUUGACACACUGCUUGCUUAACCCGGAAGCCAGCCGCACCAAUAUGUCGGAGGAAACACCGUACAGCAGGCAACCGAAGCCAGCGUGCAUGCGCCCGGCCACCACAAGGAGUCGCUAGAGCGCGAUGGGACAAGGACAUCCCAGCCGGCCAAACCCUCCCCUAACCCGGAUGACGCUGGGCCAAUUAUGUGCCGCCUCAUGGGUCUCCCGGUCAGCUGGGGCUUAGUGUACAAUGCAUAAUAAUGAUAUCUGCCAUUUAGCAGACGGUUUUAUCCAAAGCAACUUAUAGUCAUGCGUGCAUACAUUUAUUACGGAUGGGGUGGUCCUGGGAUUCGAACCACUAUCCUGGCUUUGCAAGAGCCAUGCUCUACCAACUGAGCUACAGAGGACCAGCAGGCUCCAUGUACAGCAGGCUCCUGUCUGUUGUAAAGCACACAUUACCGUUAUAUUGCAUUAAUUAGGGUUUCCCCAAGGGAAGAUUAACCAUGAUUUUUUUUCAAGGUCAUUGUUGAUCUUCGACAGUGAAUCUACUACAGUGUUUCUACACCCCCGUCCCUCAAUUACCUUCAGUGAAUGGCAAGAGUCCCUUAGCAGAGGAAUACCAUCCAGCCAAUGUGAAUAAAAUUGUAUAGUGGGUAUUGACAGGCCAUUUUCCAGCAAGUGUGUUAAAACACAGGGAGAGGUGAAACACUAGUUAUUUGAUAAAGCUAAUUUACAAUGCCAACACCUUGGCUUGGAGAAUCAGCUGGAGAAGUAUCUCUCGUCAACCAAACAAUGUUUCACCUUACAGUUUUUGCAGAAAGUAUGCUUCCUUGAAUCUUCUGAAAGACUAUGGGAAGCUGCUAAAAGGAAUUUCACCUUCCUUCCUGAGCCAUAAUGCUGUUGUGGGAUGGAGGACAGCAGAGCAAGGUCUCCAUCCUUAUUGUGUGGGGUUUGCUAUGCUUAGCGAAGUGCUGGCCGCUGCUGGCUUCUAAACUGACCUCUUUUAAUCUCUCCGCCUUCUUUUCUCCUUUUUCUCUUCCUCCUUUUUCUUCUUCCUCCUCUCCUCUGCCUGAUGUGCAUGCUCCUCCUCUCUGCUGCAUUCUGGCAUCUGUCAGCUAUCACAUUAUCAGGUAACUGGGUCAACUCUGACCCACGAUGCUUUUCCUUUUUCUCUCUUUCUUCCUCUCUCUCCAUUUCCUUUUAUUUAUAUCUCUGUGUAGCCAAUAUCUCAUUAUCAUUUAAUCCUUUCUUUCUAUGGACGUCAUCGUUUAAAUCUUAGAUCUCUCUGUCUAUUCCUCUCACCUGUAUCGUUGUUGUAUUUCACUGCUACCACUUCUCGUCCUCCCCACUAGAGGGGAGUAUAAAGUAAAUACAAGCAAGCCUACCACUAUUGGCCUUUAAGUGGCAGACAGCAAUGCUUUCUCCCACACAGCACAAAUGCUUGUGUUGACUUUAUCCCGCUUGAGUUUUACUGUUAACAUUAUUGACCGAAUGACAAAGUCUACAAAUUAAUUCUAGAAAUGUAUUAGAAGGAAGCGCUCAUUUUCAUUUAUGGUGUUGAUUUGGACAAAAGCUCUGCUGUUUUUUUUUUUAAGUGCAUUGAUGCAUUAGCCAAGACACAAUAUUGCUAAUGUAAUCAUUUGAUUUACAUGCCUCUAUUUGUUAAUUACAAUAGACAAAUUAAUUGCUGAAGUAAAUCUUCUUGCCUCAAAUGUUACUCCAGUUGUGAUGCUCAAACACCACUGGGUUUAUAUAUAUCAUUAGUUAAGUAAAAAUACUUUAAAGUACUACUUAAGUAGUUUUUCUUGGGUAUCUGUACUUUACUUUACUAUUUAUAUUUCGGACAACUUUCACUUUUACUCCACUACAUUCAUAAAGAAAAUAAUGUACUUUUUACUCCAUACAUUUUCCCUGACACCCAAAAGUACUCGUUACAUUUUGAAUGCUUAGCAGGACAGGAAAAUUGUCCAAUUCACACACUUAUCAAGAGAAAAUCACUGGUCAUCCCUACUGCAUCUGAUCUGGUGGACUCACUAAACACAAAUGCAUCAUUUGUUAAUUAGUGUUGGUGUGCUCCUGGCUAUCCGUACAAUUUAAAAAAUGCUUUCUGGUUUGCUUAGUAUAAGGAAUUUGAAAUGAUUUAUACUUUUACUUUUGAUACUUAAGUAUAUUUUAGCAAUGACAUUUGCUUUUGAUACUUAAGUAUACUUAAGUAGUAUUUUACUGGGUGACUUUCACUUUUACUUGAGUCAUUUUCUAUUAAGGUAUCUUUACUUUUAAUCAAGUAUGACAAUUGGGUACUUUUUCCACCACUGUAUGUAUUGGCCAUUGAGAAGCAUUGAAGCCACCGGUCAGCCAUAUUGGCACUCCCUAGUAGGAGCAGUCUUCCAUGAGAAUGAAUGAAAUUCUACUGUAUUUCAGUUAAAUGUGAUCAAGGACAAAAUUACAUGUAUUUAAGUAUUUUGUUGUAGUGGGGACAAGAAGAUUAGUAAUCAAAACAAAUUAAACAUUAAGGAAUUUCUUAUUUGUAUGUUUAGCUCACAUAAUAUAUUGUAAAAUUAUGUAUUAAGGUGUCUGUAAUAGAAUAAAUGGGGCAAAAACGAAUGUACAUUAAUAAAGGCAUUUCUAUAGCUUCCCCACCAUUGUAGAACAUAUUUUGGGAGUGCCAGGAUGGAGGCACGGUGGCUUCAACACAGCACCCCCCAUCAGUCAUCUAGUGUAUAUAUAAAUCAUUGGUCACAACUAGUCAGUAACUGAUAAGUAUGAGCUUUCAGAGAAGUGGAGAUGUCUUUGGCUCAGACUCUGUUCUAUUUGUACAUGUCCUUGUAGAUGCAUGUGUGCAUACAUCAUUUGAUUAAUUCAGUACAGCAACCAACUUCAAUAUUUGUCUGUUUGCUUGGUGUCGUUUUGAGGUCAGCCAAAUAGAAGUAGAAAACUGAGGCAAAAUGGUGCCCAGUGCCCACACAUGUUGACCUAGCUAUCGCCAAGCAAAAUGGCUGACACAUUUUGACAUGCCGUUAGCUCCAUAUAGGACAGGUCCUUGAGAGCAGAGGCAGCAGUACUGUGGUAUGACCAGAGGCUCUAUAUCAGGCCUCUCCAACCCUGUUCCUGGAGAGCUACCCUCCUGUAGGUUUUCUACCCUGAUUCAGCUUAUCAACCAGCUAAUUAUUAUAAUCCGGUGCGCAACAAUAGGGUUGGAGCGAAUACCUACAGGAUUGUAGCUCUCCGGGAACAGGGUUGGAGAGCCCUGCUCUAUAUGAUGCCCUGACCUCUGUGUGACCUUUCCUCUCUAGGUGGAGGUUGAGUGGCAUGCGCAGCUACAACCCUGAACAGAUCAUGCUGAGUGCCGCAGUCCGGAGGUCCAGCAGAGACGUCAACAUCAUGAAGGAGAAACUAAUCUUCUCCGGUAAGGAAGGACCCCACAGAGAGGAGAGCUGGACGUCCUGUGUCUACUGGAUUGUGUGUUGGUGUUUGUUUCUCUGGCUGUGUCCCAGUACUCUGAAAUGGCUUCCUCUCUUCUCCUUAUUUAUUUAUCACUGAUCUGAUGACAUUGGAUAGAUGAAGUUGAUGCCCGGUUGUUUUGGCCAGCCAUAUUGCUUUCACCUAUUAAUCAGUGGUCACAGAAAAGGAGACAAGGGAAGGCAGCCAUUUUAGGAGUAUCUGGGGAUGCCAGUGUGUGACCCUAUCCCAGCAUGCAUGUCUCUGAGUGUUUGUGAUGUAAUUGUCCUCCCCAAGGUCAACCGCAGUAGUGUGUGUGAACUGCACUCCUCUCCACCUCCAAUCCUCUUCAUCCUGCCAUCUCUCCAUCCUCCUCCGGCUGCUGUGACCAUUCCUUCGACCAUUCUAUCCCUCCCUUCCCCCCCUCUCCUCCCCAAUCGCCCACCAGAGUCCUGCGUCGUGUAUAAGGGCUCCUAGACAGCCCACUGUGACCCACCAGCCUCUCCUGGUGGGUGGUGAAAGGUAAGUCUAAUGAUGAUGCUGAUGAGGGUCUUCAAUGACCAUCAGUCAGUCCAAACCACUCUAGAAUCACACUAGUAGGUCUUAGAAGAGAUACGUGGUGACACACAGAGCGAAGGAAGCUAAGGGAUUUCUCUGGUGUUGGUUUGGAUAUGAUGUUGCAGUGAUAUUGUUUUGGAUGUUGUGCGUAUUCAAUGUGCAUUGAUGUGGUCUGUGUUGUAUCAGUGAAAUACCCUGUGAACACCUACUGAUGUCCCUUCACCCUUCUUCCUCCCAGAGGUGAGCAAUGGUGUGGGCAGUGCUGAGGACCUGUACAUGGAGAAUGGCUUCGACUACUACAACAACGAAGGCAUCUGCCAUUGACUCUCUCUCCUAAUGUGAAUCUACUGAAAGACACCCGACUCUACUAGCAUGUGGAAACUGAGUAAAUGAAGACUUCCAAGUGACUGUCUUGUGAUUGGCUUGUCUGUUCUGAUUACUCUUGUUUUACUCAGUGCAUCCAGAUAGUUUUUGGUUUGUUCCUCCGAACUACUGACUGAUUGAUUGAUUGAUUGAUUGAUUGAUUGACAGGCUGCUGUAUUGCUGAAGAAUCCCAGGCAAGCACCACCCAUUGCUUUGUACAUUCUGUAAAUAGGUUUGUUUUUGCUUGUUAUAUACAAUGUGGGACUAAAAGCACUUUUUAUUGAUGAACCAAUUGAUUCGUCAGAUCUGUGGCCUCUUCUCCUUACCUCUAGAUCAGGGGUGGGUAAACCUCUUGGCUCGAGGUCCACAACGGGAUUUCGAAAUUCAAUGGAGGGCUGCACAUUUUUUUAUGUUUAUUUUUUUCAUUUGUUUGUCAAAAUCAAUUUGCUGGCCAGAAAAAUGCCAUUUUAUUUCAAAAUAUAUUGGUCCAUUAUAUAUAGUUUUUUACUCAAACCUCCUGUGGGCUGGGAUUGAAUGGGCUCAUGGGAGCCGGAUCUGGCCCACGGGCCGUAGUUUGCCCAGCCCUACUAUAGAUCCUUUGGAGCCCCCCCCAGUUACCAAUGCUUGUUUAUUAUUAAGAACCUAUUUGUUUGUUUCUACACUGUUCUUUUCUUGCUGUCACUUUAUAGCACAGCCAAUUCUUAGUUAUAUAGAGGAAUUACUACUUGUGCAGCAUUGCAACUUUUUCUUGCCUUCUUUGGGCGCUAUUGUACUUUUUUGGAACAAAAACAACAUGAACAAGCUGUUUACAGAGGUCCUGCCUUCUCCGACUGAGUGAAAUAUUUACAUCAUGUAAGAUAAUGAUUUGAAUAGAUGUUUUGAACAACAUUUCCUUCAUCCAUGCAUGUGAUAUACAAUAUCAAGUGACUUCAUAUGAGCUGUGCUGUCUCGGGCAGGGCUUGUGUUCAGGCAGAACUGAUGUCUACUGGAUGUGGUUUUGUAAUGUUUUCGGUUCAUUGUGAAUGUGUUUUGAUUUUUAAAGGAUGCGUACAGUGCACUGUGUAUUAUGGCAGUAGAGAUUUCACCCCCUACCCCUAGUGUGCAGUUCUACAUGGAGUGUGUACAUAUUACAAACGAUUUAUAUGCUAUGGCUGGCUGAGCAUUAUAUUGGAAAUGUGAUCCUGAUUAUGCAUAAUAAUAGCUAUAGUGUUGAGAAGUUUAUGAAAGUCAGUCAUUUAAAUAUUUUGCCGACCAACUUCUCAAUGGCAAUUGAACUCAUGAUGGUGUUUGAAAAGCAAAGUGCAUCAUAUAUGGUGAUAUUAAAGGGUAUCUUUUAUGUUGUGAUGAAGUGGGGUGUGUUAUAUUAACUGUGAAAAUAAAGCUCUAGGCUGUUGAAGGGACGACGCUGAGUAUCAGAAUAGUUCACACAGGGUCAAGGAAUGGAUUGACUUGUGUUCAUUUACUCCUUUUGGUAUUUGUGUGCCUCAGAAGUCAACAUUAAAAUGCUUCUGAUACCAAAGUGAUAUCCUUUUUGUGAUUUUUUUGUGCAGAGUAUUUUCUAGAUAGAAGAUAACUGUAACAAACCAUUUAGGUUGGUGUUUACUGUGUAGAUUUAGCUCAUGUCAACCAUAUUCCUACUGUAUGUGAAUGCUUGAUGUACAGUGCCUUCAAAGUAUUCACACCCCCUGACUUUAAAAUUGAUUAAAUUGAUUGUCACUGGCCUGCACGCAAUACCCCAUAAUGUCAAAGUGGAAUUAUGUUCUUAGACAUUUUUACAAAUGUAAUUAAAAAUGAAAAGCUGAAAUGUCUUGAGUCAAUAUGAUAUGGCAAGCCUAAAUAAGUUCGAGUAAAAAGUGCUUAACAAGUCACAUACGUUGCAUAGACUCAAUCCAGGUAUGCAAAGCUCUUAGACUUACCCAGAAAGACUCAUCUUUAAUCGCUGCCAAAGGUGAUUCUAACAAGUAUUGACUCAGGGGUGUGAAUACUUAGGUAAAUUAGAUAUUUCUGCAUUUCAUUUUCAAUAAAUGUACAUACAUUUCAAAAAACAUUUUCACUUUGUCAUGGGGUAGUGGGUGUGUAGUUGGGUGAGGGAAAAAAACAUUUAAUCCAUUUUGAAUUCCAGCUGUAACACAAAAUGUGGAAUAAGUCAAGGGGUAUGAAUACUUUCUGAAGGCACUGUAUGUUCUAUGCAGUAGCACAUACCAGUAACUAACACCAUUGUGGAUCUCUGUUUAUACUGAUGUUUUUCCCUCUGAAUUGUAAAGUUACGCGGCAAGAUGUUACCACAUUGCUGAAGAAGCUAGUGAGUGAUGAUGGUAAAUGCAAUUUGCAAGAUUUUAUCAGUCUGUGCUGGGAACAUCACAAAUAUCCUUUAAAUUGUUUUCACCUGUACUAG